AAUACCCUCAUAUUAUAUUUUAUUUAAAUCUAACCAUUUUUAUGAGUGGAUUGCCUAAUAUAUCACUGCACUACACUUAAGUGUAGCACGUGAUUUAUAUUAAUCUAAUGGGUAUAAUGGGAAAAUCAUUUAUUAAAGUGGGUAUAUUUUAAAGAAUAUAAAAAAUGAAGAUAAAAAUAAAAACAAAUAAAGUAAAGUGGGUAUACAAUGUAAUUUCCACUUCCAAUAAUGACCUUACGAAGUUUUUAGUUAAAAAUGGUCUUUCAAUUAUUCAUAGUGUUGUUAAUUAGUUAUUUUAUCAAAUAUUUUAUCACACGUAGCGUAAAAUGAUAAUAUGACUAAAAUUGUUUAUCGAACCGCCCACACCACACUACAUAAAAUUGCGAUUUAAAAUCUUUUGCGGUACUAUUGUGGUUUAUAUAUAUUUUUAUUAAACCGCAUGGUCGACGAUUGUGGUCUGGUAUUUGAUUUGUCUUUUUUUUAGUUUGUAGUAAUUACAAUUAUUUUGAUUUAUUUUUUAACAAUACAAUAAUAGUUUGAUUUGAUUUAUUUUGAAUUACCAACAAAGGAAACUUAGUUUUGGGGAACAAAUUUUACUAAAAUAGAUUUACAUGGUGUUAUAAUUAUAUGAAAUAUUAGUGGAUACUCUUUCAAUCUUAGAAGAGCUAAUUAGAUAUCAAAUUGAUUUUUUGAAUAAGAAAAAAGAUUUUAUGAUUUAAGACAUUCCUUUUUCGUUCACAUAAAACUUUAUAUAUAUAAUAAACUAACACUACGACACAAAACCUAAAAAACUUAGAAGCCAGAAAAACCUUUUAAAUCUAACUAAAAUGGCUUCAACAUUACUUGAUCACUUCACAUUAUUCUUAAUUUUCUUGUUAGUGAUAAUCACUAAAGUCCAAUCCGAUAACAAAGUUUUCAAUGUGAUCAAUUUUGGUGUUGUUGCUGAUGGAAAAACUGACAAUAGCAAGGCAUUUGUUGAUGUGUGGAAUCAAGCUUGUGCAUAUAGUGGAAGAGGUGUUGUUUUGAUCCCCGAAGGGACAUACUAUGCAAGCUCUAUGGUGUUCAAUGGACCAUGUAAGGGUCAAACCCUUUUCUCCAUUAAGGGAAUUCUUAAGGCUCCAAUUGAUAAAAAAGAAUGGGUUGGUCUUGAAAGUUGGAUUAGUUUUAGAUAUAUUGUUAACUUGGAGAUUAGUGGAGGAGGCUCUUUUGAUGGCCAAGGAUCUUAUGCUUGGCCCUACAAUGAUUGUCAGACUAACCCACAUUGUUUCCAAUUUCCUACUUCUAUAGAGCUUUCAUUUGUGAAUCAAUCAUUGAUCAACAGCAUAAAAUUAAUCAACAGCAAAAACUUUAACAUAAAAGUAUUUGGGUGCCAAGACACAACUUUUGAAAACAUUCAAAUAACAGCUCCACCCACAAGCCCCAACACUGAUGGAAUCCACAUUGGUUCAUCCACUGGAAUCAAAAUCUUCAGUUCUAGCAUAGCCACUGGAGACGAUUGCGUCUCAAUCGGGCCGGGGACAGACAACCUACUCGUGAGUGGGUUGGCAUGUGGCCCCGGCCACGGAAUUAGUAUCGGAAGCCUUGGAAGAUAUCCCAAUGAAGCUGAUGUUACAAAUUUGGUGAUACAAAAUUGUAACAUAAGUGGUACUUCAAAUGGAGUGAGGAUCAAAACUUGGGCUCCUUCUCCUCCAAGCAAUGUUUAUAAUGUUACAUUUGAGAAUAUUGGCAUGAAUAAUGUGGAUAAUCCAAUUAUUAUUGACCAACAAUAUUGUCCAUUUGAAACCAGAAAAUGUGGUAAUGGAGCUUCAUCUCAAGUUCAAAUAAGGAAUGUGAAGUUCAAUAAUAUUUAUGGGACAUCGAAGAACAAAGUUGCAGUGGAAUUGAAAUGCAGCCCAAGUAAACCUUGUCGUGAGUUAAGUUUAACAAACAUAAAUCUGAAUUUUCCUGGGGGUGCUACUUCAUCUUGUUCUAAUGCAUAUGGAACUGCUACAGGUCGUGAACAACCUCCUGCUUGUAUUUAAAUCGAUCUUAUAUUA